AUGCCAUUUAAUAAACGAACAAUUGAACCAAUUAAUUUAAGUCAAGUUAAAGUACCAAAUGAUAUUCCAAAUGAACUUGAAUGUGUUGCUAAUCAUACAUUAGCAAAUAUAAUUCGACAAUUAAGUUCAUUAAGUGCUCAUGCACAAGAUUUAUUUGAUGAAUUAAUAGCAGAUGCUGGACAUAUAUUUCAACGUACAGAAGCAUUACAUGGACGAAUUGAAAGACUUAAACAUAAAGUAACACAAUUAGAUUCAAAUAUUGAAGAAGUAACUAUUCAAGAUGUAAAUAAUCGAAAACCAUUUGUUAGUGUAACACGUAUUGAUCAACAAGUAGUUAAUCGUGCUACAAUGCCACAAUCACUUCGUUUACUUUAUGAACAAGCUCAACCAGCACCAGCUCUUCAUCUACUUAAUCCAUAUCGAGAUGAUGGUCGAGAUUCAAUGAAAUUUUAUACUGAUCCAUCAUUCUUUUUUAAUUUAUGGAUGCAAUCCAUGAUUCAAUUUCCACAAAAUCAUCAUGCACAUCGAUCAGGCAAACACGAACGAUUUCGAUCACCGAAAGAUUCUAAACUACAUCAUCAAGAAUCAAUUUAUGCUUCAAAUCCAACAUCAUCAUCACAAGCUCGUCUUAUUCGACAAUCAACAGAAGAACAACAAUAUCGUAGUCCUCAAGAUCUUAUUCAUCAUCAUCAUCAUCGUGGAGAUUAUGAAUCUAUUGUUCGUGCUAAUGUUCGAUCACAACAACAACAAGUCUAUUCACCAACAAAUAAUCGUCUUCUUUUACAAUAUCCAAAUAAUAAUAAUAACAAUAAUCAUUAUCAACAUUCAGAUUUAGUACAAUAUGGUAGUCCAACAUUUUCAACAUCUUCAUCAUCUCGUGAACAACAAUCAAUGACAAUGAAUUUUAAUAGUACAAUUACACCAAAAUCACCAUUAAAUGGAUUUAAUAAUAUUGAACCAUCACCAAGAUUAAAUAUUCAUUCACCAAUGAUUACUCGACAAGCUCCACCACCACCUCCGCCUCCACCUCCACCUCCACCAUUAUUAUCACAAUUUGAACCCAAUCAUAAUUCAACACAAUAUCCUACUAUGAAACAAAUUAUUGCUAGACCAUCAGCUACUCCUCCACCACCACCUCCACCUCCACCGAUUCCACCACCAGCACCACCUUUAUCAAUAAAUAUGGGUAUGCCAACACUUGCGACAAUUUCUGAAAUUGAUAAUUUACCUCCACCACCGGCUGAUUUUAUUGAACAAUCAAUACCUUCGCCACCGCCUCCUCCUCCACCACCACCUCCCCCUUCAAUGCCAACAAAUAUCCCACCAGCACCACCUUUACCUAAUUCUACUAUUCAAUCACUUGUCAUGCGACCUUCACCGGCCACUACACCAACAACAACAAAACCUAAUUCAGAUAGUAAUAUGAUACCAUUAUCCCAACGUGAUGAUGUUUCUGUUACAUCAGAAACUUCAAUUCAAGAUCAACGACCACUUCUUAUGCGUGAUCUUCAUUCUGAUUUAUUAGAAGAAAUAAAAAAAGGUAUUCAAUUGAAUAAUCGUAAGCGUGAAGAAGAAAAGAAAGCUGCUGUAACAACAAAAACAAGUGCUCUCAAUGUUAUGGCAAUUAUGGAACAAGCAGCAAAAUAUCGUCGUGAUAAGAUUCGACCACAAUCAGAAUCUGAAAAUGAUGAUGAAUCUUCACGAUGGGAUGAUAGUGACUGA